CCUAAAAGACUCGUUCGAAAAGAUUCACUGCGCGAGCUUUUCAGAGUAGCAUUUAUCCGUUAGCGUCAGUAAAUAAAUAAGAUGAUGAUGUUCUGGUGUUAGAAGAAAAUGCUCUUUAUGGAAGAGUACGACUCUCUCCACAUUCCAGAGGAACAGCAGGAUGAGAAUUCAGACAAGGGCACAGAUAAAGCUGAGCUUCUGCACUCCAACAGCUGCCUGAGGACAUUAAACACUGACCUGCAAAAAGCUGCUGAGAUGGCAGAGGACAGCAAUGUGCUUCUUAGGUCCGAGAACAGCGAGCUGAAGAACCAAAUCAAAAGCUUGAAGCAGUCGAUUCAGAAUGUUCAGCCUCUUGUGAAUGAACUGGAGGAGAUUCGAGCUGCAAAGACAGAGAAAGAUGAGAUCUGUGAGGCGAUCGAGGCGAACCGCAAAGAACUCGUGCGUAAAGAGGACAGAACUGAAUAUGCAAAGGACAAUCAAACACUCAGACAGCAGGUAGAAGCUCUUUCUAGUGAGAUGUCGAGUUUUCUCCUGGAAAAAGAGCAGCAGGAGAAGGAGAUCACCAAGCUCAGCUGUGCAUUAAAAGCUUUACAGCAACAACUAGCGGAGAACAGGCUUCAUCUGGAACAAAAAGAUGAACUCAUAAAUCAGAGGGAUUUUGCCAUCGAGCAGCUCAAAGACUCGGUGUCCGAAUACAUCACUAUUAAACAGGACAUGAAGGAGAAGCUAAAUGAUUUGGAAGACCAGUUGGCAUUGGCUUUAGUAAGGGGCGAAGGAAGCUUCAUGAACGUGGAUACGACGCUGCCACUCACUACUGAGCAGUCUGUUUCACUCGGGGAAGAGCUUGGAAUUCUGUCUAAGUAUCCGAUGAACCCUGAGGAAGAGCAGAAAGAGGAGGAAGAAGAUGCAGAUGCAGAGACUCUGGAGGAACAACAAGCACUUCAUGUGUCAGAAAAAGUGACACACGGCUAUAAGAGAAAUAUAAAGAAAACAGCCUGUGCUGCUUUCGCACUCUGCUUCAGCUUGCUGGGGGUGUUCGGAGUGCUGACCCCCACCGUGUACACAGAUGUUUUGGACACCGUCCGUCACUUGAUGAGACCCUACUGCCGAAUAUAUCACACCGGCCUUCCUCCUUUAUAAAUAAAAAAAACAGCUCCACUGUCCAGCGACUGUAUUUAAUGGUAUGGUUAAUAUAUUACAUGAGUGAUGUUGAAGAAGUAAAAAAUAAAAAUAAGAUGUGUCUCUGGAGUUGAUGUUACAGCUGAGUGUUCAGUAGUCUGAAAAUGUGAUUUUAGAUGUCCCUAUAAUGAUGUACAUAAUAAUAUGUAAUAAUAUUUAUAUAUAUAUAUAUUUCUGAAUGUUUUAUAAUAAUUUUAUCUCACUUUUUAUAAAUAAACUGAAUAUUAUUUUUUUCUUGUAUAACUUUUUUUUCUGGACGAUUAAUUGUCGCGGAUGCACUUUCAGACACCGAAUGCUGUAUAAACAGUGAUCAAUACGCACAGCUGCCCGUAAACCGGGAUGAUAGUCAGGCGUUGGUGGUCAUAUGGCCGUGAUGCAAUGCUGCACUGGCUGCUGGGAAUUGGAGUCCAUAGUCCAUCUGGAGAUUCAUAACAUUAGUGAAGUUCCCCUUAAACAUUAAUAUUAAUUAAGUUCUCCACCUUUGUGAAAUUUAUGGUGCAUGUUUUCCUCAUGGCUGAGUCUUUAACGACUCGAACUGCUUAAGAGUUGUUUGACAGUGUUUAAACUUUUAUUAAGUCUUAUAUAAGACUUAAUAAAGCGAACAUUUAAGACAUCAGACACCUUAAUUAGAAAUGUUUCAAAAUAAGUAAUAAUCGGGCUUAGUUGGUGUGUUUUAAGGCAAAACACUACCGGUGAAUAGGACGCGUUAAAAAGAAGAAAGAUAUCCACUGAUUGUUGUGAAGUUUUUAUUGAUCUUGGAAUGUAUUUUAAAAAUAUAUUUAUUUAUACAAACAAGGAUUUUUGUCAUUAAAUACAUACUUAU